UAGGGGUGGAGCGCACCGCAUCCCGGAUCCCGCCUGGGCCUUAGCCCAGGAGCUCAACGCGGUCUCAGAGCUAUUUCCGCAGCACGCUGAUCUUGUACUGAAGGAAACGCGAGCAACGCAAUGGACGGUGAACGCCAAGCCCAAUCCGGGGAGCGAGGUUCAGGGCCCCCAAAGUCGCCUCAGCCGGAUCCCCGGCCCGACCGCGGGCUGGACUUGGGCCUCCCGCCCCGCCUCGCUCUGCGCCGGAGCCUCGGGCUAUGCGCCUCCGAGCCCCGCCUCGGACCUCCAGCUACGCCUCGCCUGCGAGCCCCGCCUCGGGCCUCGGUUCUUGUGGGCGCGCGUUAGCAGCGCCCGGAGGCGGACCUGGCGGUCCAGCUCUAGGUUGACCUGGCCCGGCAGGCUGUGCGCGGGCAAGAUGGCGGAGGCCGGGCCCCAAGCGCGCUUUUCCCGUAGCAACCUCUUUUCCUUCCUCCCGGGUGGCACGCGAUCUGAGGGAACUGACGACCUGGAGACUGAUGCGCGGGGCCGCGGCGCGGGGCGCAAGGAUGCCGCCGCUCUGUUGCCCACUCCGGGCCAGGGGGCGACCCGGGAGCUGCCGGGCACCCAAGACGCCUCGCGUAGGCGGCCCUGUCGGGCCUGCGUGGACUUCAAGACGUGGAUGAGGACUCAGCAGAAGGUGCAGCAGGACAGGAAGUUUAGGGAGGAUUGUCCACCGGAUCGUGAGGAACUAGGCCGCCACAGCUGGACUCUGCUUCACACCCUGGCCGCCUACUACCCAGACCAUCCCACCCCACAACAGCAGCAAGACAUGGCCCAGUUCAUACAUUUAUUUUCCAAAUUUUAUCCGUGUGAGGAGUGUGCUGAAGACUUAAAGGAGAGGAUAUGCAAAAACCAGCCAGACACUCGAACUCGGACAUCCUUCACCCAGUGGCUAUGUCAUCUGCACAAUGAGGUGAACCGCAAGCUGGGCAAGCCUGACUUCGACUGCUCACAGGUGGAUGAACGCUGGCGCGACGGCUGGAAGGAUGGCUCCUGUGACUAAACGAAGGCCACCCUGUUUGGAGAAGGGUGGGACAGUAAUUACAUUGCAUCUGAACCAGAGCCUAUUGUGUCUCAGCAGGACAGUCUCCAGGACACUGCUCACAGGGGCCACUCCUCUCGGGCAGAAUGCAGUAGAAAUGGAAAUGCCCACUGAAAAAAUUCUGUGGCUUCCACCUCAGAAUGGAGGCAGGACCAGUCAUGCUGCCACUUGCUAAUCAGCAUGUGGCCUCCUGCCUGAACCUCAGGACAUGGACCUAAUUCCCCCCAAAGGCAGACAGAAAAUAAAAAGAAUACCUGGUGGGGUUCCCUGUGCCUACUCCUUGAGGUCAGGCCAUUGUGUGGCUGGGGAUGCCUACAGUGCUGGGGCCUCAGUGGCUCUGGGCUUCUGGAAUGAGGCCUGCUCUGUGCUGAGCUUCCAUAGAGAAAACUCAGGCAGAGUUUUUCUCUGAGAGUUCCACCUACCAUAUUGCUCACUCUCUGACAGGCACAUGGCCUUUCAUAGCAGUGACAAGGCUUGUCCAAAGAUCACCCUGGGGACAACUUUCUUAGAGUUU